AUGAAUGCUGACGAACUUGCACAAUAUCAAUACCAACUUGAUCAAGUUAAUCUUGCACUGAAAAACGACCCCGAAAAUUCUGAACUCUUGAAGCUGAAAACCGAUCUAACAGAACUCAUUAGCUUAACGACAACUAUUAUCGAUCAAGAAACUGUUCCACCGACUCCGAAAAGGUCACCUUCAUCUAUUUCGCCUAAAACAAACUCUACGCCAACUACACCGACCUCAAAUUCAAUACUAGGCCUUACUAAACCUCUUCAAGUAGGGGAUAGUUGUUUAGCACGUUGGUCGGGAGACGGCCAGUUUUAUCCAGCUCAGAUAACGGCUAUUGGUGGUGGUGAUCAAGUUUUUUCUGUUGUUUUUAAAG